AUGUAUGCUAUCUCUUAUCUCACAUGUAGGGGUAGUGGUACUAUAAGAUUAUGGGCAGAGGUAUUUCACGUAGCAGCUGGAAGCGGCCAAGCAAAAUGGCAGCAAGUAAGCGAAGAUUUAGUACCAGUCAACAUCACCUGCAUCCAAGACUCGCCAGAAUGCGUUUUUCACAUCACAGCUUACAAUUCACAAGUCGACAAAAUCUUGGAUGUUCGGCUGGUACAACCAGGAACAAGAAUUGGCCAAGCAUCCGACUGUUUUGUGUAUUGGAAGGAUCCCAUGACCAACGACACAUGGGGAUUAAAUUUCACCUCACCCAUUGACGCUAAACAGUUUAGAGAAUGUUGUUCGCCGUCUUUCAAGUUCAGCCGCAAGGCUUCCUCUUCGUACAGCCUCAAGUUGGAACCGCCCAACAAACAGAAGUUGAAGACGGCGGGCGGCAAACGGAAACCGCUCAGCACGCCAGCGUCCCCCAGCAGGCCGGCCGCUUCCGGCCGUGAACCACAAUGCACGUGCAUGACGUCGGAGCAGUAUGCGAGGCUCAAGGCGCAAGAUCCCAGAUAUAGGGGAUCUUCAACACUUCCCCGAGCGACAACGAGAACGACAGACUCAGAAGUACGGAUAGAAAAAGUAACCGCCGCAACAUCUUCCACUAGUCUUUAUGACAACGUUGGUGCUACUCAGACUGUAUCUACACAAGGUGAAUAUACUCAAGGUACAAAAGGGGCACAAAGGGAAGGUAGUCAAAACAGGCCAAUGCGAGAUAGAGGAGUACAACCACAAUUGGAUACCAGUACUAUGACGACAAGUAAUACUGCUACCGGACCAAAGACUGUGACUGCCUCAGUGGGUACAGAAAAUUCUGUUGGAUCUCAAAUAAGCCAGACUGAACCUCCAUCUCAAACUCAAACCUCGGAAUCUUCAAAAUCAGAAGGCACGCAAGCCGGUGGUUCCUUGGGCCCAACCACAAAAUCCUCAUCUACAUCUACACGACCUCCUCUAAGAGAUAACCUUCAUCACGUACUUACCAAUACCAAAUCGGUGGAUUAUUCCGAAAUAGACAUGGUCAGAGAUGCCGAACUGAGAGCUGCUCAUCACCACAAUGUAGUCAAUAAUAAUAUUUCUAGUAGACGAAAUAAGUCGAAGAGUACUGAAGACAUGAAUAGGGAAAGUGACUAG